AUGCGUCCGCUCAAUUCUCUGUUCAGCCCUUGUUCUCGGCUCAUCUCGGAUGUACAACCCGCGGUCCCUCCGCUGCAACUAUGCUCGUGUGUUGACAUUCCACACAGUAGGGGCAAUCCUCCUGUCGAUGAAGUCCCUGUGUCUGGCAUAUCCCACAGAUUGGCUGAUACUCUUCAGACUUCUGUGCAUUCGGACAGUUUGCACACUAUCGGGCCUCGGCCUCGGCCUCUGCCUCUGCCUCCGAACAUUCCCAUCCGGCCGCCACCUCGGCCUCCACCGGCAGUCUGCUGCAGCAUUGGCCCCGAGUUCUGCACAGCUCCUGGAGCUCCUACGUUAAAAACCGGGUUGCUGCUGGAACUUGGGCGUCACACGAGCUGGAUGAAAAAAGCACUUCUCAGGCUUGUGGCCGAACUUCCCACAAUACGGACAAGGAGCUUUUGCUGGUAUCAGAUUCGGACAUUCACUAGGAUAGUGGCCAUAUCCUUGACACUUAAUGCACCAGAUCUCAGCUCUCUCAUGCACCGGCCGAGUUGGAGCUCCCAAACCUUGAACCAGACUCACUUGGAGUUCUGCCAUCUUCUUGGUAACUGGAGAACUGACGGCUGGACCGGAAUCAAAGGUGGAGCUGCUACGGCUCCAAGCACACCAGUCUGGUACUGUGCAAUAUUCGGUGAGAACAAGUUACCAUAUGUUGCUGGUGGAGCUGCAGCUGCAAUAUUCCGCGAUGACAUCCGGGCCUGUUCCCAUGUUGCUGCGUGCUCCACUGCUGCGUUCAAAUCUGCCGGUCUUUGCACCUUCACGUGGAACCCGAUUUCAAAUGGCAACCCAUUCAAGAACCAGCGGACUUGGUCGUCAGCGGCAGGCUGUGGAUCUUUCCUCGCGAGCAGCCUCUUGUAGCGAAGAACAUAAUUUUGCAAUGUCUCUCCAGGACGGAAAGCAUUGAGAAAUGCUGUUUUGAGGUCUGCCCAGGCUGCAAAGGCUGCUGCUGCAUUCGCCUGACCAUACCAUUCUGCUGCUGCUCCCAGCAAUGUUGCCGGAAACAGACGGACUCUCACAGCAUCUGCCUGCUCCUGAUUUGCUGUGCUGACGUUUUCAAAAGCAGUUACGUGAGCGUCUGGAUCGUCAGUCUGUGUAAACGUUGGAUACUUCAUCCUCGCAUUGGCAGGCUGUGCCAUUUGAGGAUUUACUGCUUGAGGUGUGGGCGAUGUUGGUUCAAAUGGCCCCCACUCCUCCCAAUUCAAACUUGAGUCCGAAGUCCUCGGACUAGUUUCA